AGCUGCCACCUCUGCCACCAGAUCCAUCUCACUCCCAGACAUCCAACAAAGUUCUUUUAAACACUGCUCAGAAUCCAAAAUCAUGGAGGCCAUUCCUUAUAAUCAUCGUUUUUCUUUUAAAUAAAUUUAACAUAUCUUCUACCUAUUUGCUGUUGUGGAAAUUUCCAGACGUCCCAUGUAAUGCUGACGGGCAGAGGUGCAAACAAGUUUGCAGAGAGCAUUGGGAUCACCAUGGUUCCUACAGAUAAACUGGUGACUGAAUAUGAGAGGAAGGAAUGGGAAAAACACAAGAAAUACAUCGCAGGAGUAAAUGAAGAAUUCAACACACAGUGGGCCCACGAUACUGUUGGGGCUGUAGCUCUGGACUCUGCAGGGAACGUUGCAUGUGCAACAUCCACUGGAGGGAUCAGAAAUAAAAUGCUUGGCAGAGUUGGAGAUUCUCCUGUCAUUGGCUGUGGAGGAUAUGCAGACAACAUCAGUGGUGCUGUAUCAUGUACUGGUCAUGGAGAAUCGAUUCUUAAAGUGACGCUGGCCAGACUCAUCCUUUCACAUGUUGAACAAGGGAAGUCAGUAGAAGAUGCCUCACAGUUGUCCCUGCAGCACAUGGGUGAUCGGGUCCAAGGAGCAGGUGGUGCCAUUGUAGUUUCUCCAUCAGGGCAGUGGGCUGCUGCAUUCACCACCAAGCGGAUGGCCUGGGCUGCUGCUGAAGAUGAUGUGCUGUGGUUUGGAAUAGACCCAAAGGAGAAGCUCAAAGAGAAACUGUCCCUGUAGAAGAUUUUGUUUUUAUUAUAUGUAUUUUUUUUUAUUAGAAAAUGAAAUGCACCUCUAAAACAGUUUUCUAUUUUUUAUUGGUGUUUUUUGGGAGAUGAUUUUUUGUUCCAACUAAGGUGUGUAAAAUAAAAAAAGUAUUUUACAAUAGUAAUCAAUAAAGCAACAUUGAAUAAGUUUUGACCAAAGUAUUUGUUGAAUAUGAGAUUUAUCAAAUUAUUUUUAUGGUCAAUGUAUAGCAUUUGGCAUAAUCCUUGUGAGCUGCCCUUCUCAAAAACUCACCUCUGUAACUUAAGACGGUUGGAUCCAUAUGACACCCACCUUAUCAGCGAUAUUGUUGGUUCUCUGAUGUGAGGGGUAAAUGUCGACCAGCCUUCACAAGGACCUACAUGACUAUUCAAUCUGCUAGUCGAAAGUGGUCUUCUACAAGAAUCCAAAACAUGGAGGGAGGCUCUUUAAUUUUGCAAUAUUUCCAGUUUGUUUUUGCUUCUAUGUAAGAAAUAUGAAGGAAAUGUUAUGAUUAGCCGAGACAACAAGCACUUCUAUGGUAUUUGCAAUGUUUUAACUUCUUUUUUUAUAUAAGAAAUUGUUUUUUUUUAGAAGUGGAUCUGUGGAAGAUAAACAGUCUUUUUAGAAUAAGAGUUUUUUUAGACAUUGUAUUGAUAACAUCUCCAUAUACUCUGUUUCACAGGUU